CUCCUUGACUGCUUUGUCCAAAAAGAGAGCAACAAAACAUCUUGCUCUGCUUCCAGUAUUCGUUGCUACCGUAAACAAUCAGAGACACACCCUCUCCCCUUGGAGCACCUCUGUUGAACCGUAACCAUGACCCUCAACAUAACAAACGCAACAAUGUCAACAAUGCGAGCAGUAGCCUGGUUCGGCCAACCCUACAACGUCUCUGUAAUCGACAUGCCCGUCCCCACCAUCAUCAACCAGACAGACGUCGUCGUCCGCAUCACAUCCUCCGCCAUCUGCGGCUCCGACCUCCACAUGUAUCACGGCUUCGGCGGCUCGCCCAACGUGCCCUACGGUUUCGGCCACGAGGCCGUCGGCUACGUCUCCAGCGUCGGCGACGCCGUCUCGAGUUUCGAGGUUGGCGACUAUGUCAUCAUUCCAGACAACGCUGACGACGGGCACUGGGGGCCUUCGCACCCCCUGUCCUUCGGCGUUGGGAGCACAAACUAUGGCGGACUGCAAGCCGAGUACGCCAGGGUCCCCUACGCCGACACAUCCCUCAUCCCCAUCCCAAUAACCUCAACCAAUACCACAUCCGAACUCGACUACCUCAUGAUCUCAGACGUCUUCACAACAGGCUGGCACGUCCUCUCCUACUCAGGCUUCCAACCCGGCGACACAGUCGCCAUCUUCGGCGCCGGCCCCGUCGGCCUCCUAGCCGCCUACUCCGCCAAGCUCCGCGGCGCCUCCAGAGUCUACGUCGUCGACCGCAUCGCCAGCCGUCUCGAGCAAGCCAAAUCGUUCGGAGUCAUCCCCAUCGACUUCUCCCAACAAGACCCCGUGGAAGCGAUACUCAACCGCGAGCCUGAUGGCGUGGCGCGUAGCCUCGACUGCGUGGGCUUCGAGUCGGUCAGCGCCACGGGAGACCCGCACAACGGCAUCGUGCUGGAGAACAUGGUUGCGGUGACUGCCGUGUAUGGAGGUAUGGGCAUCGGUGGUGUCUACAACGGCGGCGGGAACAGCACCGAAGGAGCGCCCAAUGCUGGAACCCUGCCUGCGGAGAUUUCUAUCCCCAUGGCCUCGCUGUGGAGGAAGGGCUUGUCUGUCGGGACGGGCAUCGUUUUGCCUUUGCUUCGGGCCCCUCCCUUGCUGGACUUGAUUGCAUCUGGUGUCGCUAAGCCGAGCUUUGUAGUGACGGCUGAGAUUGGUAUUGAGGAUGCCCCGGAGUAUUACCGUCGCUAUAGCGAUCACUUGGAAAACAAAGUCGUAAUUCGGUUCCCUUAGUUAGAUCGUAUGUAGAGCAAGUCGAGUGAAGAGUGAUGGUAAAGAGUGGAAUUAGUGUGGAAGAUCACUAUACUAGAUGUAAUAGCUCGAAACAAGGACAACUAGCAACUCGAUGACAGCCUGACAGGAAGAACCCAAGUACACGGUUCGCCGUAGAUGUACAACCUCUUCCUACAUAUUCUCAACACUAUCAAGAGUAUGACAAUAGAGAACAAGCACAAAGGAAAUACAUGCAGCCACU